AUGGGGAAUGAAUCAAAGCAAGUCAGUGUGAAAAAACUCUCAGAAUUAACUGCCAGUACCGAUGAUGAACAAAAUAAGUUAACAACGCUUGAUGCUGUGUUCUCGAGUUCCCGCUAUGUGAUAUUUUAUUUAUUAAAUUCGGUUAGUACUCGAUCACUCGAACUUGUGGUACCGUUGAAAAGAUUUGUCCAAGAGCGGAAUAAAAGUUGCUUGAAAGAGUGGAAUCCGACACCCGAAGAACUUUUCCAAGGUGCAGUGCUAAGAAGCUGUAAAGGAGCUGAUGGCAUUAAACAUAUAGUUACAGAAAGUUUCAAAAAUUUAAAUUCAACUGUUAAAGGUCUAUAUUUCGGCGCAAACUGGUGCCCACCCUGUCGAACAUUCGAACAGCACCUGAUCUCUUGUUACGAAUCACUCAAAAAUGCCGGUGUCCCAUUUGAAAUAUUCUUUUGCUCAUCGGAUAGGUCUCAGGAAUCAUUUGAACAACAUUUUUUAACUAUGCCGUGGUUGGCUUUUCCAUAUGAUCAGCAGAAAACAAUUCAACUUACUCGUCUGUAUAGUCUUUCAGGCAUUCCAGCAUUGUUGAUAUUAAAUGAAAAAAAUAGUAUAAUUUCCAAGCAUGGUCGUAAUGUUUUACUUAGUGAUCCAUCAGGCAGUUUAUUUCCCUGGGGUCCGUUACCAGUCUAUGAAUUAAAUGAAAAUACGUUAUGCAAGCUAAGAGAUGAACCCUCCCUAGUUCUCUUCACAGAAGGUUCGCCCGAAGAUAUCACGUUUUCGGUAGAAGUUUUGCGUUCUACCGCUGAUUCGCUUUUUCGGGAACGACAAGAACUAAUGAUUCGGCGAUCAUCAUCGAAAGAAAGUGAUACUAUUGACACGAUUGGUAGUGCUAAUGGAAAUGCAGAUUCAAGCAGUUCUAAUUUGGCAUAUUCUACAAAUUCUGUAGACAGCUCAGUCUCAUCGGAUAUAUCACUACCUCCUUGGAUUGAUUCAUUGCAAAUAUUUUACACGGGUGAAGAUCCAUUAUGUGAUUAUAUGUUGGAAGGAUUAGGAUUAGGUAAUGCAGAGUUACCAGUUAUUGUUAUCUUGGAUGCAACUGUUGGCCGAAUGUCUGUAUGUGAAAAACCAGACGUGAGUGCUGAAAUUAUAUCUGAAUUUGUGGCUGACUACAAAAGUGGAAAAUUAAACAUGGUACCAUUGCCAACAGCUCAUCAGAAGGAUUCGCAACCAACACGAUUUGGUGGAAUUCCUGCUCAAGCUGUUCAGUUUGCAUUAGGAAUCGGUCACUCCUCUUCAAGUACUUCAUUUUCAGUGGAAAGCUCGUCACCGACAACCCAUAAUGUACCAGUAUUAUAG